UUGGGUUGAUUAGGAAAUUAAGAUCAAUAAUUCAUUUAUCAUCCAUUCUUAGCAAUCUUAAACCACCCGUGGUAGCUUCUUCCAUUUCAAUUUUCUUUUUUUAAUUUUGGUGCCAUCUUCAAUAAUACACAUUUCGUGCUCAAAAAGUUGAAAAGUGUCCCCAAAAGAGGAAGAGAGAGAGGAGGAGGGGGUUGAUUCACAUUUCACACACACACACUGAUCGUGAUAAAUAAUAGCAUAGGAAAAGAACUAGUCAUGAAGAACAGAAGCAACUGUUCCAGAAGGGGUAGUAAUAAAACUUAGGACCUAUAUUGUACAUUUUAUAUAAGUUGAAGGCUACUCUCUUUAGUACUCCAAUACUCAAGCUUUUUCUUCUAAAGCUUCCUUUUUGGGUUCUACGUUCACCAACACCACUUCCACAACCACCAUUCUCCCUUUGAAUCUCAACAAUGCGAGACAAAGAGGAAGCAAAAGCAUGGGAGAAGAAGGGUGGAUUCAGAGCUGCAAUGUUUGUUUUCGUGUUGUCAGCAUUGGACAACAUGGGUCUGGUGGCGAACAUGGUGAGCAUGGUGCUCUACUUUUAUGGCGUUAUGCACUUUGAUCUGUCAAGCUCUGCCAACACUCUGACAAACUUUUUGGGUUCCACUUUCUUGCUCUCACUCGUUGGUGCUUUCAUCUCCGAUACUUACCUCAACAGACUCACCACAUGCUUGCUUUUUGGAUCACUCGAAGUCACGGCGCUGGUAGUGGUGACAAUUCAAGCGGGCACGAAGGCGCUACAACCAGAAGCAUGUGGAAAAUCAAGCUGCGUGAAAGGAGGAGUAGCAGUAAUGUUGUACACGUCACUGUGCCUGCUGGCAUUGGGAUCGGGGGGAGUGAGGGGUUCCAUGACGGCACUUGGGGCGGACCAGUUUGAAGAGAAGGACCCCAAGGAAGGGAAGGGUUUAGCCACCUACUUCAAUUGGCUUCUGCUCAGCACAACGCUAGGCUCAGUUGUGGGCGUUACUGCCGUCGUCUGGGUUAGCACGCAGAGAGCAUGGUACUUGGGAUUCUUGAUUGUAACCGUUUCUUCCUUCCUUGGAUUUCUCACUCUUGCUCUUGGCAAACCCUUUUACAGAAUUCUACCACCUUCUCAAAGCCCUCUUUCAAGGAUCCUUCAGGUUAUUGUUGUGGCUUUCAAGAACCGAAAGCUACGACUACCAGAAUCCCAUGAAGAACUAUACGAGAUUAGUGAUAAAGACUCAACAACAGGGAAGAUUGCACACACAAACCAGUUAAGGUUCCUAGACAAAGCAGCAGUUCUUCAAGGAAACUUUGAACCAAAACCGUGGAAAGUUUGCACUGUGACACAAGUUGAAGAAGUGAAGAUCCUAACAAGAAUGUUACCAAUAUUAGCUAGCACCAUAAUAAUGAACACUUGCCUAGCACAGCUUCAAACAUUCUCAGUUCAACAGGGGAAUGUAAUGAACCUAAAACUCGGCUCCUUCACCGUUCCCCCGGCAUCAAUUCCGGUGAUACCCCUUCUCUUCUUAUGCAUCCUAAUCCCAAUUUACGAGUUCUUGUUCGUGCCAUUCGCACGAAAGAUCACAAACCAUCCCUCUGGAGUCACUCAACUCCAGAGGGUUGGCGUUGGACUAGUACUCUCUUCGAUUUCAAUGAUGGUAGCCGGAAUCAUAGAAGUGAAGAGAAGGGACCAAGCAAGAAAAGACCCUUCAAAACCAAUUAGCCUAUUCUGGCUUUCAUUCCAAUAUGCGAUUUUCGGGAUUGCAGAUAUGUUCACACAAGUAGGCCUAUUGGAAUUCUUCUAUAGAGAAGCACCAAAAACAAUGAAAUCGCUAUCAACUUCUUUCACAUGGCUAGCAAUGUCUAUUGGUUACUUCUUGAGCACGGUAUUUGUUAAUGUAAUAAACAGCGUCACGAAGAGGGUGGCGCCGAGCAAACAAGGUUGGUUACAUGGAUUUGAUCUGAACUCGAACAAUCUCAACUUGUUCUAUUGGUUCUUGGCCAUCUUAAGUUGCAUAAAUUUCUUCAAUUUCGUUUAUUGGGCGUGUUGGUACAAGUACAAAUCCGAACAAGAGUAUCAAGAUGGAGAUCAAGAACCAAGGGCGAGGGCGAAAUCCGAAUCCGAAUCCGAAACAAAGCAUAUGAAAAUGGUUCACCAAGGAAUGAUGAUGAUGGGUAAAAGCAGCCAAACUAGUGAAGCCAAUAGUGAGGGACCCUCUUCCUCUGAUGAAACAGAAGAUGGCCAAAGAGAAAGAAGCAAAGUAUAGAGAGAAUGGAAGAAGAGAGAUCAUAAAAGUCAAGGAAAAAAGGAAGGAUCAAAGAGACAUGAUUUGAUGUGCUGAUAAAUCCGUGGAUUGUGGAAUUUGAAAAUCUCCUCCUUGAUAAUACAUGUUUUGGUUUUUAUGAUUGAUGGGUAGUUGGGUACUGUUUUGGCUCUGGCGCCAUCUCUCUGACUCUCUUUGCAGAGUUUAAAGGUUUUCCUCUUUUGCUUCUUUUCUUUUUAAUAUAUAUUUAUAUAAACUUGCCUUAUAUAUCAUCAUUAACCUGCAAAUGUUAUUGCCUACUAAGCAAUC